UCCCAAGACGAUUCCCAGAGAGGGAAGAGACAGUGAAGAGGGAGAAAGAGAGAAGAUGGGAUUUUGGGAUUUGUUGUAUUGGACGAACGAUAAAAUCAAACAAAAUGCUCCGGAUAUGACGGCCGUUACAAACGCCUGCCGUAGUUCGUGCGAUCUGGGCUAUGCUGCCGUUAAGAAGGUCGAUAACGUUGUUAGAGUUGACGGAGCGCAGAAGGUGAAGGAGUACCUGCCCGAUCCUCAAGCCAGGGAGAAGAUCGGACGGAUAGCAACCAAAGUCGCCAAAUACGGGGCCGAUGCGGCCGUCAGCGAGACGCUCAAAGGCGUCACAGGUGGGGUACAAAUCUAUAGGAUUGUUCGAGAUGGACUCAUGGAUCGGCCCCCAUCCGAUCAUGGCAGCGAAAAAUCCAAUUCCAAGGAAAUGAUGGAAGAGAUGCAAAAGAAGAUGGAUAAAAUUCAGGAAGAAAUAAGUAACAUCAAUUAUCAUAAUAGGAUAUUACUCAAGCGGAUUAAGCAAUAUGAGUCUCCUAAUGAAACAUGCCGCUUGGAAGUAGCACAAAAGCCCGAAGAUGUCAUAAGCCUUUUUAUGAUUAAUGGAUUCAAGGGUGCUGUUUUCUUGGAUGCUCUAAUGGUUCCUAAGGUCCAGUCUGGCGUUGCUUCUUGCAAAUGCGGAUUUGAUUCUGAAAGAAUGGAUUAGUGUUGGGUUUGGUUUGGUUUGGUUUGUAAUGAGGGAAUGGUGUUUUUUGGAAGUGUAAUUCUAAAAGAAUGGAUUAUUAUUGGGUUGGGUUUGGUUUGGUUUGUGAUGAGGGAAUGUUGUUUUUUGGAAGUGUAAUUUGUUUUGGUUUGGGAUUAUAUUUUCAAUAUUUAUUACACUAGACUGUAAUUUGUGGAGAUUUGGAACACUAGACUUGAGUUACUUGUGCA